AUUCGUUCUUCCCCGCGCCGGUCUGGCCACUGGCGGGGCGGGGCGGGACCGGUCAUGGCGACCGGGGAGCUCCGCGGGCAUGCGGUGCGGAUAUCCACCCAGGGAUCUCAGCCUGGCGCGGCUCCCGACAGCGUGGCAGGAACUGCGGGGCUGCCCUCAGGACAGAGCGGCGGCGCGGCCCUCCGGCUCGGGGAACGCCCGCCCCCCGCCAUGGAGAAGCGGGGACCCUACUUGGUGACGCGCGCACCUUCCAUUCAGGCUAAGCUGAAGAAGCACCGGGACCAUGCCAAGGCUGUUCUGCGGAGAAAGGGCAUGCUGGGUGCCUUGACGAACCGCCCCGAUUCUUCUGGGAAAAGGUCUCACUGGGCUUUACUUCCUCUGUAUCAGCAGCGUUCAAAAAAGGCCUUAUCCCUUCCUGCUUGGGAAACAGGACACUGUUUAAGGUCAGUGAAGUUUAACAAGGGCUACACUGCUCUUAGCCAAAGUCCAGAUGAAAACCUGGUGUCCCUCGACUCUGACAGUGAUGGGGAGCUGGAAUCCAGAUACUCCUCCGGGUAUUCCUCUGCAGAGCAGGUGAACCAGGAUGUGAGCCGGCAGCUGCUGCAGGACGGGUAUCACCUGGAUGAGAUCCCAGAUGAUGAGGACCUGGACCUCAUUCCUCCUAAGCCUAUUGCUUCUUCUGCAUGUUCUUGCUGCUGGUGCUGUCUGGGGGAUUCUUCCUGUACCCUCCAGUAGCCAUAACCCUCCAGGAUGGGCCGAUGGCCCUGAUGGCCCUUCAAAGUGAUACUCAGUGCACUGGGUAUCGCCACCAGCCUAGAACCACUGGAGGCAUUGACCUCUGGGCAGGCCACUGGCCUACAGGUAGCUCUCGCCUGGUGCUUCUCACGUCAGAGGUCCCCGUCUGGGUCACAGGUGAGAGGUGGAAGUCGGCAGGUUCCCACUGGGGCAGUUUCAGGAAGCCACUUUAAUAAGGGAGAGGAGAAACUUCCUGUGGUUCUUAUGCUGCUGGCAAGGAUUGCUAAGAAAACCAUUUACAGACAUUCUUACUUGUCCUGAGGAGGGAGAAGAAUGAACGAACUCCUCCACUCAGGCUGUGCUGGGGGUGUGGUGAGAGGCAGAGAGCAGCACUUUAUGGCUUGCAGGAGGAAUCUCAAAGGGUACAACUGGGACCAAGUCAAGGUAGCGCCAAAUGGGUUGUUCCUUAGGUUACAGCAAGCUUAAUGAUGGAGUGGGACUGGAGUGGGACUGUGGCUUUCAGAACCUCUGAACUUGGGACAUUCUGCUGGUCCUGCUGUCUGGAUGGGCUUAGUAAUUCUGUCGGCCCUUCCCUUGUUAGACAAGAACUGCUCUGUCGUCUAUGUUUAUCUGUAGUUCUCUGGCCUUGGAGAGUUUUUCUGACUUUUUUUUUUGGAGGUAAAAAUUGGAUUGGCAGAAACCUGCAGUCUUUGUGAUUACCAGCAGAGGGAGCUGCUGGGAAGUUAGUGCCUUCCUAUGUUUAGCUCUGUAAGCUUUUGAGAAGUAUUGAUGGAUGAGAGCCGAUGUCCUGGUGUAUCUGUGACACUCUGGCCUACAUGGAAAUGUUUAGACAGGAUGGGAAGGGGAGACUUAAGCCAGCUCCUGGACCCCACUUGAGUUUGCGAAUCUGCAGUGCAAGGGGGCCUUCCCUCUAACAAGGCACAUUCCUCUCCCCAGCAUAGGGCUCACAGGCUGGUAGAGCACUUGCCUAGCCUGUGCAAGGCUAGGGCUGAUGGUGCACAGAACAGAACAAGCCUGUGGGAGAACACAGCUCAGUCCCAAGCCUGAACACAACAAAUGCAGGAAUGAUAUCUCCUGCUAUACUAAGCCUCUUCCUGGAAUUUAGUUUUCCCAGUCCCGCUCCCCCACCCCACCCCCACCCCAUCCUCUUCUUUGUUUUAUCUUACCCAGGUGUGUGGUGAGGUUUGGGGUAGAUAUGGUUCUACGCAUAAGGGGUGCAAUAGUCAGAGUUAGGGGUUGGGCACCACAUGUUACUGUCCUGUCCAGUGAUUACUGGAGGCUUAGGAGAAAUGAUAUGCCUGCUAUGUCCUUUCAUAAGUAGUAGCAAAAAGGGUAAGAUCAAAAGAUAAGGCUUUCCAGGCCGGGCUUGGUGGCGCAUGCCUUUAAUCCCAGCACUCGGGAGGCAGAGACAGGCGGAUUUCUGAGUUC